GUGAAACCUCUUACGUGAUAUACGUGAAUACAUAAAAAAGUGUUCGUUAUCAUACAAAGAAUAGCCUAAGGGCCUAUACCAUGUAUAAAGCUCACAGCAAGGAUAUCAAUCGCAACAAGAGUUUCCACCCACUCACCUUCAGCAAUCUUCGUAAGGUUGAGAAGCUCAAGGAAAAAGCAGCUGCGGAAGAACAAAUCCACAACGAGCGCAUCAAUGAGCUAAACCGUGAUCAGGAAAAGCGUCGUUAUGAUGAACUCCUUCUGAAUUCAUCUCUUUCACCAGGCCCCGCUUCUGGGGAUCGGGUUCAAGGUGUGGGACUUGCACAUUCACUGCAAGUUCGUAAAGUAUUCGCCGCGGAAUACAAGCGUGAGAGUGAAGGCUCACAGCGCCAGAAUGAAGCGAAAACGCCUGUUGUGCAGACCUUGAAAGGUUCCAGCCAGGACAAUUUCCUGAUCAAAUUCCGACAAGAUGUAGCCUUGGGAGAGACGGUAGCCCUCAAGACCCCGCCUAUAUCAGCAGAACGCGACCAAGAGGGAGAUAAAAAAGUAGCGUAUCCUAAGUGUUGUCGUGAUGAAGGAGAUCUUUCUAAGAAUGAACCCUCGGCUUGCACCGGCCUUGUAACUUCCUCUGAGGUUUAUAAAAUCAAAAAAGAAAGAGAUUUGCUUCAGAAACAGCGAUUGGAUCCACAACUUCGUGUCGCUGCGUACCAAAAUCAGACAUUAAACGAAGCCGCACGGUUAAGAGACCGACAAAGCGAACUUAUGCAGAGUGAAAAGAAACGUUUAAAGGACUCUGAGAGAAGCCGCAACGGCAACUACAUCAAAUCGAAAGAACAGGAUGCGAUCGAGGAGCGCAUUCGUAGUAUCUUGAAGAUGAGGAAAACUGAAUGAAAUUCUAUAGCAUUAUCAUUUCUUUUUUUUUAUCUUGCUAUGGGCUGCGUCUGGCGGCGUAUGGGUUUAA